UCUCUUUUUCUUUCUCCAGGAAAGUCUCGAAUGUCUGAAUCCAGCCAGUGAGCAGAAAAAGCAAGAAUCAAAGGUUGAACAGUCAAGGCCAAGAAGAACAGGGUGUCAUAAAUUCCAGAACAAGAAACUCCUACGUAGUAUGGGCAUGACGUCAACCUAUUCUCCUGAGGAGUUUGUCGGUCUGACCACCAUCGCAUCAUCACCAUGUGAAAACAACAACCUGCCCCCACCUGCAGCAUUCCUUUCAUCGACAUCGUCGUCCUCGUCGUCGUCAUCACAGCAGUGGAGCAUUAUGAUCACGCCCACAUCGAGCCCCACCAAAGAAAUGGAAGGUGUCAUCAAAGAACCACGGAAGGUUGAUGAGGUUAUCAACGACAAUGCCUGCUCAUAUUGCAGCGACGAUGACCACCACGACGACAUCAACGACGAUGACAGUGAUGCAGAUACGAUGACAGAGCGAGGAGCGGAUAGAUUUGUUUUGGAUCCUUGCAACGAGCUUGAUUUAGAACAAAUUGAAAAGUACUGAAAUGUUGCAGAGAUAAAGACAAAGGGAUGUUCAUAGUGUACUGAGAAUGAGAGAGAGAAAAGAGAGCAAGAGAUAAAAAGAGGAAGAACAAGUAUCCAGAUUGGAGCCUGGAAGCAGGAAACAGAUGGGUCGUCGUUUUUUCUUGGUGUUCUUUCUGAUUGGCUGAUUCAAUAAAGCAAGGAGUAUGGACUCUGCAUGUGUGAGAAAAAUACUGACAGUAUUACGACUAACGCAAUUUGGGCGUAUCAUUAUUUUCUUCUCAUUUGUCAAAGAUAUAAAAAUGUCAGUCGGGAGCUUUUUUUCCUCGACGCAAUUGAGACCAAAUCGAAUGAUGUGAUGAUUAGAAGAUGAAAUGAAGAAAAAUUGACUUUCAAACAAAAUGCAUUUUUGUAGGCCUACAGCUUUUGUAGAACAAGCAUUGUAGUUCUUGAAUUGUGUGAAGAUUGGCAGUUCAAAAUUUAACGAACAUGACAGUCAUUUUUUUUUACAAAAAUCUUUUGUUUCAUGUUCAUAGUAACAACAGGAAAAGAAAGUGCUUUAAUAUUUUUAGAAACUGUCUGUAUAAUUGACAACAAGUGUUGCGAUAUUUUGCUGAUUAUCUGUGUGCCUAUGCAAGACUUAACUAAACAGUUUGAAAGAAGAAAAAAGAAAGAAACGUAGGAAAAUAUAUUUUCCUGAGGCAUGCAGAUGAAAUGAAAGGAAUAAAAUUAUGGUGCAUGCUUUGCAAUGGUCAUAUGGUAUUCAUUCAAAUCUGGUAUUACUUAUGGUUCUUUUUUUUAAACAUUGCUGAAUUAUAUUGUGAAAAAAAUAUAUUACUUCAACCUGCAUUAUGCAGUUUGUAGCGCUUAAGUGAGAUAUAGGGAAAAGACAGGCUGUUAACCAAUCAAAGAUGAUUUCUCAAAAUGACUGACGAUAUUUUAGAUAAUUGCAUUUCCAGGACUAGAAUCUAGAAUUAGGAGGUUAAAGAAUGAAACAGUUACAAGUGUUCAGAACUUCAGUUUUAAACACUGAAAUUAUUAGCCAGAAUAAUACAUCACUUUGGUUUGCAAGUAAAAUGCUUGCUUAAAUAGCAUAGCAAUAUACUAUAAGAUGUUAGUAAUCGAGUCAAAAGUGAUUUACUUAAUCCAUUUAUUUCAUUAACUGAUUUGAUAUACACAUUUAAUCCAAGCAGUUUUAAAAAGCAGCCACUGUCUAUCCCAUCAGGCUCAUGUUUUCCUCCGUAAACAUUCAAUCAAUUUGAUUUUAACCUGCAAAUAUGAGUUACUAGUAAUGGGACUAUGACAUUCAAUGAAUUUGAUUUCAAUUUGCAAACAUAAGUUACUUGCUGUGGGACUAUGAGAGAGAAACCUUAUGAUUGGUACUGACUUUUGUCUAUCAUCUCUACCUCAGAUUUUAGCUCUUUCACAAUAAAAGAAAGGACUAUCUUUCAUUCAGACUGCUCUGAUACUAGGGCAGCUUUUGUGUGUAGGCUGUGUGAUUAGUCUCAGAGGGUUGUUUCACAAACACUUAGUUCCGACUUAAAGUCACACUUUUUAAGUUCCCAGUUGCAUCAUGCCAUCAGAGGUGUAAUCAUUGAUGCUGUCGUGUGUUGGAUAUCAUGUGCGCAUUGGCGCUUGAAGCGUGACUUUAAGAUUUAAAGUCUUGGUGAAACUCCCCACAGAAACGUCUGUUUUUAUGUCUUUGUAGAUUCAUUUUUCUAGGGUCUGAUUCCAAAGACUUGAGUUUGUUCCAUUUCUUUCCUUGAAAGGGAAAGUCUCUGAUUCAUUAUUUGUGAAUGAAAUUUAUACGUGUUAAAGCUGUAAUUCAGUAAAUGUAACCAUAAUAUUUUGAUCGAUGGUAUAAUUGAUGCAUUUCUCCUUGUAAUAAUUUGAUAAUGUGUAAACAAGAGAGAUUGUGUACAGAUUAAUGCAAAAUAAGUUGAUGCAUGUCAAGAAGACAUUAAGUUGAUUUUUGUUUCUAUUUGUAGCAAAUGCCAUUUAAAAGAAACUAGUGCAACCAUUUUAUAAUAACUUACAAUAGGUGAAGUGUGUAGAUAGUCAUACCAAAUAGAUUAUAUAUUUGUUUUGUUUGUGAGUGCAAAGUCCUUUUUCUAUCCCUUCUUAGGAGCUGUAAUAUGCUUCCUUGAUAAAUAUUUUUUUUCCAAACAAUGCUAUUGCUUUUUUUAUUAUCCCUCGAGCAAGACACAUUUUGUGUCCAGCCAAUUUUGCAGUGUUACAGUACUAUUCUUCAUUAUUGUAUGUGUUAUAAUAGCUUCUUUUUGAGCUACGUUUGAAAUAUAGUGUGCAAAAAAAGUUUUUGUUUGUUUUUGAAAACAUUAAAUAAGUAAUAAUCAAUAGUGAGAGACAUGUAUUAUGUAUUGUGUGGAUGCAGGAUGCAUUUCGAGCCCAUGAUAAUGAUUAAUUUGUAACAUGUUCGGUGUACGACAGAUGCUUAUUGAACAAUUGCUGAAGACGUUUAUGUACCAUCAUAUAUGUUUUGUUACCAUUUUUCAUUCUUAAAAAAAAGCACUGUUUGGGUAUUUAGUAUAUAAUUACACAUGUACACUAAUAACAAUCAACAAUCAUUUGUAAUAUACUUAUAUUGUGUGCUGUGUUUUGCACUAGUUUUUUCUCAGAAUAAGAUGCAAUUUAAAUUUAACCUUGAGUAAAGUAGCCCUUAGUAGAUAAUUGUGAGAUAAUUCUUUAAAAAAACACCAACAAAUGAGAUCAAUAUAAUGUUAUUGUGCAUAUUGCUAUAAAUGUCAUUAGUGAUAGCAGAUACAUGGUGUCAUAGUUCAUUUAUACUUUAGCUGACUUACAAGCACAUGUAACAGAAUGAAGGCCUCAUCUUAUUAUUUUCUUUGUGUCAUUUUAGAGGCAUAAAGACAUUAACCUAAGUAAUUGUGUAACAUUGGCCCUUCUGUCUCUUCUUACCGAUUGAUGUUUUUUUGAAAUAUUUUGUAUUUAGCCCGUCAGUCAGUGCAUUUCGUGUGAGGGUGUGUGUGUUUCUCUCUCUCUUUUUGAUUUUGAAUAAUGUUUUUUUUUUUGUGCCAGCCUGUCUUUGUUAGGUAACUUGCCAACUACCUAGUUUCCAGUAGUAGGGCAAAUCCACAUGGGGAAAAAGCAAAAUAUGCAUAAUCAUGCAAAAAUUUAUUGUAGUUUGUUCUGAAUACCUUCAACAGAAAUUGAAUGAAAGUAUUCAUAUAUGGGAAAGUCAACACUGAUGUCAUUCUAAUUUGAUGAGGUCAGAGAAAUGAGAGACUUCAGACUUUUGUGAUCAGUGACAAUUGUGAGCCUUUUCCUUUUACACAGUAUCAUGAAUUUGUAUGGGUUGCCAUUUUUCAUGUUGCUGUAUUCCAUGAAGAAUGAAUAGACUUUUUGCAUGCACUAUGAAAUAAUUCAAAACUUCCGGCAAAAAUGGCAAUUUAUGGAAUUUCCAAGGAAGCUCACAAAUGACACACACAAAAAACUAAAUAUGACUCCUAUUUCUUUUGAUGGACUUAUAUCGAAAUUUCAUUUAUAUAUUACUCUUCUUUCUGUAUUUAUAUUAUACAGAUGUCUGGGUUGAUUAUUCCUUCAAUCAGCAUUGGGGGAAAUAAAAAAAAUCUUCAGAAUUAUUUCUCUUGUAGUAAAAGAGAAUGCAAUUCCUCUGCAAGUGUACGCUAGAACUGUCCUACCCAAAUGUUCUGGCCAGUGUGCACCGAUGUGUAUAUGGCAAGCCAUGUAAACAUUAAUUAUAUCCUAUUUCCUGAUAAGAAAUAGGACGAUAAUGAUAUUAAUAGCUUGCCAUUGGUACGUUGGCAUAUGUUGGAUGAAACAUUGAGGUGUGACAGUGCCUAUUUUCAAUAUUUAGCUUCCAAUAUCUAGGUAUGGUACUGUUGAGUACUACUCAUCAAUGAAAAAUUCAGAAUCAGUAUAGACUCCUAGGCCUUUUGAUAUCAAUAACAUCCAUGUGGAAUUGCCCGUUAUGGUUGCGUCUGUAGUAGAGCCUUAACUCUUCAGGGUAUUUUGUGAACCAAAUCAAAUACUUAUUGUCGAUGUUAGCCUUUCUUUCUUGUCCAUAUGAAUGUGUGAUGUAGAUGUUUUUCUCACUUCUUUUAAACUCACUUCUUUUAAUAACUUUUAUAUUGAGCCAUACACAAUUUCUUUAUUGUUUCCAACAAAAAAAAGAACCCUGAAUUUAAUUUUUAAUCUGUACAUUUUUAGCGUGACUAUGUAAAAUGUGCAAAUUACGAAUACAAUUUGUACCAAACUGGCUUUGUUUUACAGGAAAAAAAUUAUCCUGUUUUGUUUUUAACGUUUUUUUUUCUUAUAUACAUUGGUUUUUAUUGGGUUUCCCAUAUGUCAUCAGAAUAGCACUGAUACAGAAUUUACAAUCAAUGUGUACAUUGGGUGAUUCCAAGUGCGGUGUUGGCCUUGUUGUUAGUGUUGAAAUUUGGAUUGCUUCCCCUGGCUCGAAAACUUAUUCAGAGUUUGCAAAACUGAUCCAGUUCACAUUAUUAACACCUCAACAACUAGUGACUUACUUUUCAGGACCAUCUUCAGGUGUUGUAAUCGUGUAAAAAUUUACAUAACACUAACACCAAAAGGUCAACACCGUACUUUAAAUCACCCAUUGUAGUUUAUAUCAAGACACCUUUACUCAAACUUCCUGCUCCAUGCACUGUUGAUAUGAUAUAUCAGUGAGAUUGAACUAGCGGUAACAUGUGGAUGUACAAUACAUAACUACAUGUAUAACAAAGACAGUGGGAGAAUUGUAAAUGCUGUGUUAUUUCAUAUCUAAUUUUAAAAUGAAAUAUGGUGUAAAUGUUUUGGAUAGAUAUUUUUGUACGACAACAAACUACAUAAUAUACACUAAGUGCAUGAAAAGUUAUAGACAUACCAUAGGCCUUCCCACCAGUAAAUGUUGAUAUAUAUAUCACCUGUUGACACAGUUUAUUGAGCCAUGUACAUUAGUAUUCUCCAAAUUCUGAAAUUCAUUUGGAAGGAGUUUACAUUAAGCAUAAGACAUUUUGGCAUUAAAACGAUGUCCCUUCCUUGCAAAAUCCUGUUUUUGCUAUCUUAUUUUUUAUUUUGAGUUUAUGACCUUUUCACACUGAAUCUGGUCAUUUUUUUGGAGCGAUGAAGUCUUUAAAAACAUCCCUUUAAUUUAUCUUGCUUCAUGGCUCAUAAGUUACAAGUCUAAGAUGAAGACGACAUAUUGCAAAUCAUAGAUUUGGAAGGUUUUGGCCUAUUUGAAAACAUGCAUGAAUGGAAUGAAAUUGAAUUCGAAGCUCUUACUUUUCUUUUUCAUAUGCAUCAUUUUUUUUUAGUAUUCAUCUAAUGAAACAUUCAAGUCACAUUGCAAAUAAGUGUGGCCAGACUUUUAGAUACAGUUUUGAAACAAAUUGACACUUCCCAUUGUUCACACUUCACUCAGGGAUAAAUCUUAAAACAAGAAACAGAUCGCUUUUUCUUUACAACAAUGAAAUUCAUGAUUUAUUUACUAUAAAUUGAAUUUCAUGUAUGCCACAAUAAAAGUUUCAUAAAGAAGCAAGCUACAAUUAAAAUACAUAAUUUUUAAAACAUAAAAAGAUGUUAAUUAUAUAGAUCAGUUCAAGCAUCAGUUAGUCUUUUUAAAGAAAUACUUUCAAUAUGCUCAGAUCUAGCUUUCUAAAACCAUCUAUGUUUUAGGUAUAGCUGUGUGGAUGUUUUUUUUAACCAUUUAAAGAUUUUAAACAGGUUCUGUAUGCUAUAUAUCACUUUUUAUGCCACAUUGUGUUUUUCUUGCUAAAAUGGGGAUUUGUAAUGGACUGUGGUGAUUUGUGUUUUUUGUUUGAUGUUUUUCUGGUGUGAAAUCAUAUAUACUGGUUUCUUGUUGACAGAUUUUUAAUGACAAUUUUAGACCUUUAUGCAGAGAUAAACGGGUAUAGUCAUGUGAUAAUGAAAUUUAGAAGAUAUUGUAUGAAAUUUAAAAUACAAGGGCUUAUAUAUUAAAAGAAAAGGAUUUAUGUUCAUUGAUUUCUCCUCAGAGACUGAAAUGUGACUUUUUUUAGACAACCUUUUUGUUUAUGUCGCUGUUAUUUGUUUGAUUGCAAUUUUCAUGAAAUCAUUUCAGGCAAAAUAAAAUCAUAUUGUAAAGUCUCUAAGAAACAUGGGGAACCACAGCAUAAUUAUACAAAAUAAGCAUUGAAUAUAACAGAUAAAUUGAUUCUGUUCAGCUUUUCUAAAUGAGUCUUCGGCACCAUGAGUAUACUCUGAAACAAGUAAUUUUUAUGGGGUUUUUUUUAAUAUAUUUGCAAAGUCUGGGGUUAGAAUUGUGGUAUAAUUGAUAGGACUUAUUUCCUCUUCAUUUGCAAACUCAUUUUAUCGCACAUAAGCAGCUGUUUUCUUUGUUAUCCCUAUACGAAGUCCGAGAUUGUAACCCCUUAAUUUUGACUAUGUAAGGGUUAAUCAAUCAGGUCAUUUUUACACUUCAAAUUCGGGCAACUGAUAUACAGCAUAGUGUGAUUUUUUUUUCACCAUCUUUUCAAAAAUUAGUUAUCUUGUGUUUUAUGAGCCCUUCACACCCCUUCCUCUGGUGCUUUUUGUUUGCUAUUUUAGACUUUAAUUUUUUUAUUUUUUUUCCAUUAAAGACAGAGAUGAAAAGUCUUCGUAGAUCCUUAAAAAACAGAAAAGCCUUAUAGAGAACAUGAAAAUGAUAGGAAAGGUCGGAUAGUACAAAGAUGGAUGUAUAUCAAGUGGAAACUGCCAAGAUAACUUGUGAAGCGAUUGACUGAAUGUGAACCUGAGCCGAUGAAUUGAGUAUAGUAAUUAGAUGAGGAUUAUGUAUGAUUUGUUUAAAACUAUGUAUUUGUAAGAAAAUGAUGUGUUGCUAUUUUAUAUGCAAGUCUUUGAUUUUCUCUGAUUCCUUCCAAAAUAACUUUUUCCCAUUUGCUCAUGGAAUUUACAAUGAAAUGAAGUGACUUGUCUACCUUUUUCACUUUUUUUUCCAAUGAAAAUGGCCCAAGUUGUGUCUUGUAUCUGAUUAAUAUUGUCAUGGAUUUUGACUCACCCCUUUCUGUACACUUGUAGAUUGGAAAAAGGGUUGACAAAUUUUCCUCUUUUUUUUCAUACACCAUACGAGCAUUCCAUUUCUUUUAAAUGUGACAUUCAUGAGUAGAUACAGUUUCUUGUAGCUACAAAUAACGUUUCUUUUUUUUUCCAGAAUUUUUUGUGUAUGAAUUCGUAGCAGUAUGUAGAAGAGACAGAGUUUAGAAGCAGAUUGUGAUUUAGGGUUAUUUGAUGAACUGAAUGUAAUGAAAUAUGAAGUAUGAUUGACAUGACGAAUGUAAAUAGAAUGGUUCUCUCUUCAGAGUUUGUACAAAUGGUUUGUAAGCAAAAGGAGAAAAAAUGAAUUAAUGGAUAGAGACUGGUUGUAUUAUAAGAAGGAACGCCGAAAGACUUUGUAAAUGCAUUGAGCAAGUGUUUUUUUAGAAGCAAGAAUUUGGAUGGAAUUUUUUAUUGAAGAGAUGAAAUUUUUUUUAAUGAUGUGAAUUUUUUCAAAUUGAAAUGAACUUAAAAAUUUAUCAGUGCGCUUAAAACAGAUUUUAUGGAAACUGGGAAGAUUACAAUUGCCGUUUAUCUUUCACCCCCUUUCUACGAAACUCAUGCCUGUAUAAGGUGAAUUAUUGACACAACACAUUCUUUAUGUAUCUCUCUCUCUCUCUUCCUAUUUUUCUCACUUUUGUGAAUCAACAACAAGGUUCAUAUAUAUCGUUGCCAUGGGGAAAGGCUCUUUUUCUCAUUAUUGAUGAUGUGAUUUUUUUGAAGUGAGGAACAAGGAGGUUUGCGAUUGGCUCAGGAUUACGUCUUUGUAUUUUUGUGUGGACAACAAUUAAAAAAAGAUG